AUGCCACAGGUGUGGCAGGUUAGGUCACUUCCAGGCGUCCUGCCCAGCCACGCGACCACUUCCAGAGGGCGAGCAGGAGUAUCGCCGCAAGGUAGCCUCCGCUCAAAUCAAAAGGUCGAAAAGGGAAGUCAAUCUCAUCGACUUCGACUUCACCGAGUCGGACGGCGAAGAUGCGGCCAGCACUACUUUGGACACCGCGCAGGCGGGAAACUGAAGAGGGUUGGCGGCCGGUCGGUGUCGUCAGCUCGCAGAGGCCUGACCGACACUUCCAAAGUCUUCAACACGUCCACUGACCAAGCGCAGCGAAGCAAUAUACCCAACCUGAUUCCUCAUGCACCAUCGUCAGUACCUUCUACAAGUUCAGAUAGUUCUUGGCUCCGAACCCCGCCGUUGGAGGAAAGGCCACCGCAAACAAGACAGGAAUCCCGGCCCAGCCUCAAACCACAAGGAGCGCCACAGAGAGUUCCACCUAGCCGAAAGCAGGUGCGGUUCGCCGAACCGGAAAAGGAGCCCAUUGAAAUAGUAGACCUACGAAGAGCCAUCUCGACGGUCGACCGCCAGCGUCUGUUCGAGUUGGUAGUCGCGAUCGAGAAGAAAUCGGAAGAGCAAGAAGAUCUUCAACAAGUGUCGGAUCUCACUGCCUUACUGGACGAUGGAUCUUCGAUCAACGUCAUGCCGCUGCAAGUGUACAAGAGCAUGGCAGGAAGUUUAGGCCCACUGACGCCGUCAAAGGUAAUGGCUCGCUUGGCAGACGGAAUGGUGCGGAAGUCAGAAGGUACCGUCCAAACGUCGGUGACGGUAGGAAAAUGCAGCCCAGUCCCAGCCGAAGUAGAAGUGUUGGACACAACUGGGGACAAUUUCAAGUUGUUACUCGGUCGUCCAUGGAAGACAGCAGCAAGAUGCAUCCAUUUCUACGAGCUGGACACAGUAUACUUUCCUACCGAAGCGGGCGGAUGGCAUCGGGUGUCCUCGUCCCAAGUGGAGCUGGCAGGAGUUCCGCUACCGGCGACCCCGCUGAGAGCUGUCUCAGCAAUUAACGCGAUGGACGAGGGCAGGUUCGAAAUGGCUCAAGAUCUAAUCGGCUUGGAGCAAGGGGCACCAGUGGACGGCACCGUGAUACAGUCUGUCCAGUUGUUGCUGGAUGACGUGCGUCGCGAGACUGACCCAAUAGAAGAAUUGCUGACGCCCUUCGUCCGAGACGCUUCUGCAGAGACGGUGGCAGGAGGUAAGCCCCAAGAGGACUACCUCCCGUCCUUACAAGAGGCCUCGGAACUGGAGAAUCUGCGGAACGUCCUACCGAUCAAGCCUCAGGACAAAGGCCAUGAUGCAGCGAGGGCUACUCGCAGAGAGAAGUUUGGUCCACGAUUCGUAAGGCCGGCAGGGCAGUCGUCACUCGCUGACAAGCGAACAGCUCUGCAAAACGUCCUCUCAGAGUCUUGUGCUCCAACUCUCACUUGGGCACAACGCACCCACUUCCUUGAAAUGGCAAUGGCAAACCCCGAGGCGUGGGCGUUAGGCCUACAAGACUGUAGAUACCAGAAGGCUGUGCUCUGCGAUCCGCAACUGGAGCCAGGCACCAAGCCACUUAGAUUGGCCAAGAGGACAGCUCUGUCGCCACCUCAGAAAGCUUGGUUACAUGAUCGUGUCCGUACGCUGAUCAAACACGGUCUCAUUCUGCAAAUACCAGAGUCCCAAGUAGAGUGGGUGUCCGACGUCAAGAUUGUCCCGAAGGACCGCAAGUUCGACUCCAACAUCAAUAUAGAACACCUGAGGGCACAGGCACAUAAUGCGCUAGUCAACGCAGGUCUGGAGAAGGGGCCGAGAAUAGACGUGCCGGAGCGUCCCGUCCAAGAAAAGCGCGAAAACCAAUGGAGACUAGUACACAACUAUGCACCGCUCAACACCACAAUGCGCAACGCCUCCUUCCCUCCAGGAGAUAUCGACGUCAAGACAGCAAAAUUGGCACGGAAGCGCUUGGAGUCCAGAAUGGACGGUUUGGCCGGAUUCAUGACGCUGCUGCAAAUGCCAAAAGGUGUCAUCUAUUCCUGCUUCGAGGUCGAAGACAUGGGGUACUUUGGGUACCGUUUCAUGCCUUUUGGCUACAAGAUCGGACCAAGCUCUUACCAGAGGUUUGCCACCGAAGUCUUCGGCGACAUGCUCGAUUUGGACUGGGAUUUCUGGAUGGACGACAUUGGCGGGGGCCAUCACAGCUAUGAGGCUCACUUCCGAUGGUUGCAAAAGAUCAUUGAACGUGCCGCCGACUCAGGCUUCACGUUGUCAAUCGGCAAGUGUCAGUUCUUUGCGGACGAGGUCACUUUCUGCGGACAGAACAUCUCGCAUGAAGGAGUACAAGUGGACCCAGGACGUGUUGCGGCCAUCUUGGAUUGGCCAACCCCAACAACCGUCCACGACGUCAUCCAAUUCAAAGCGACUUGCCCAUACAUGCGCAACAAAAUCCCAGGCUUUGCGGCCAUCGCCGCGCCUCUUGACGUGCUGACGCGAGGGGUCAAGGUCCCGAGAGCAGACACAAAGCUGCUGCAGCAAGCAAACGGCAAGUGGAUAUCGGUACCACGGUUUGGGGCUGUACGUCAAGCAAUGCAGUCUACAGGUCUCAACUGGACCAAGACCAAGGAAGAAGCCUUCCUAAAGUUGAAGGCUGCUCUCACGAAUGCGCACGUUCUCAGGGGCCCGAGAUACGACGGCACGCCGUUCGUUGUUGAGUGCGACUGGUCGUCGGAGGCCAUGGGAGCGGCGUUACUCCAGAAGGACAUCGCGCAGCCUCGCACAUACCCCAUAGCGUAUGCGUCAAAACGUUGCACCGAUGCCGAGGCCAAAUACUCCCCUCACGUGGGUGAACUAGCGGCAGCAAAGUGGGCUCUGGGCAAGUUUGCCAAGUUCACAUUCGGACAACCGGUCGAGCUAGUUACGGACUGUAAGGCGCUUCGUGACGUCCUAUCUUCGUCCAACAUGCCGGCCGCGCACGCGAGGUGGCGGGAGGACAUUUUGAUGCAUGACAUCGUAAGGGUAACACAACGCGUGGGCACAUCUCACACUUUAGCGCAUGGCCUGUCCCAUCGCCCGGCUGACGCAGACCCUUCCAAAGCUCCUGACAAAGCCCUCGGCGCUUCGAUCAAAGCGGCUCACCACGCCAUUGGCAGAAGUUCAGGUAGUGCACUGCUCAAUCUGAUCACGUCCAACGGCAACAUGCUGCACCUUUUGGAGCGCUUCGAGUCAGACAAGCUCGGACCAACAGUCAGGUUUCUAGUGCUCGCAAAAGUCCCAUCGUCAUCAGAUCUUCCAGAGCAAACCACACUGCGCUGGAGAGCAAGGUCAUUAUACGUGGAUUUCGAAGAAGGCAAAGUGUGGCAUCAGGAACGUAGGGGCCCAAGCACAGAGGCCAUAACUCAACAAGAAGGAAGAGCAGAACUGGCGCGUCUUCAUUCCGAGGAAGGCCACUUUUCCAGAGACCUGCUAAUAGCGGCAGCGCGGAAGAAGUACUUCUGGCCAACCGUCAGAGAAGAUGCAGAAAAGGUAGUCCGACACUGCGAGCCGUGCCAGUUGCAGGGACCAAGGCAUCAAAACACGCUGUCGCAGCCGAUAAGUUACGUGGAACCGAUGCAGUUUUGGGCAGCUGAUUUCUUGUCGCUACCGCAGUCAGGGAAGUUCAAGAAGGUUCUCGUCAUCGCAGAUUACGGGUCCAGGUUCAUAUGGACUUUCCUGUGCGCGCACAAAAGAGGACAGGACGUGCUACAUGCGCUGUCCCAUCUCCGUGACCGGUGGACUCUGCCAGCUGUAAUCAUCACCGACAACGGCUCGCAUUUCGAUAACGCGGACGUAGGCGACUGGCUGCAAGAGCACCACGUGCAACACCGCUUGUCCCCUUCCUAUGCGCCAUGGGUCAACGGUCUGGUAGAGCGCGACAACGGGCUGAUUGUGCAAAUGUUGCGCAAGCUGAGCACGGAACGGUUGCUCGACAAAUGGCCCAAUCUGAUUGGAGAGGUCACUAGCGACUUGAACCACCGCUUGGUCCCGGCGAUUGGUUACUCUCCAGCUCAGAUUCUUUUCGGCCUGACCCCCAGGUCUUCGCCGCUUGAAGCUAGUGACGACCCAGGCGAUCCGGAUGAGGACAACUCAACACUGCACCUGGCACUUCUGGACUCAAUUCGUUGGGACGCCUCGACAGCCCUUGCGAACCAGCAGCUAAAGCAAAAGUCUCGGCACAACUUGCGGGUUCGGCAGCUCGAAUUGAAAGCCGGAGAUCUAGUCCUCAAGCAUGAGUCCUGGCUUCGUUCUCAAUGGUCCAACAAGCUUCAUCCAAGAUGGUCAGGACCGUACAAAGUCAAAGAAUCUUUCAGGAACUCCGCAGUCAUUGAAGAUCUAGACUCAGGACAACAAGUUGGCGGUCGCGUGCACCUGAAGCGGUUGAAGAGGUUCUUUCCCUCGGAUGUCGAGCCGCGCUCAACGCAAAGACACUCGUCUGCUUAA